CCAUAUCUGAAGUUCUGAACUAUACCUCUAAAACCCUAAACUGGCCCCCAAACCUCAAACCCCCUUGACUGCAAACCGAACACCAAAACCCUGUUUUCUUCUCCUUAUCUUUUCCAACUUUCCACACAUUUGUGUGUGUGUGUGUGAAUUGAAAUUAACUAAAUAUGUUGAGAAGGAAUAUUCGUUUGAGAAGAGAGUAUUUAUACAGGAAAAACUUGGAAGGCAAAGAACGUCUGCGUUAUGAAAACAAACGCAAAAUCAAACAAGCCCUUGAAGAGGGGAAACCAAUUCCAACUGAGCUUAGAAAUGAGGAUGCUGCUCUGCGCCAAGAAAUCGAUCUCGAAGAUGAGGAAACUGCUGUUCCAAGGUUAUCCAUAGAUGAUGAAUACAGACUAGCAAAUGUAAGUAAUCCAAAGAUUAUGAUAACCACAUCUCACGACCCAAGUGCUACUCUUAAACAAUUCGUAAAGGAACUGAGCUUUGUCUUCCCUAAUUCAAAACGAAUAAACCGUGGUGGUAAGGUUAUCCAUGAUAUAGCCGAGACUUGCACAGUAAAUGACAUAACAGAUCUCAUACUAGUUCACGAACAUCGUGGUGUACCUGAUAAGAUGAUUAUAAGUCACUUGCCUCUAGGUCCAACUGCUUACUUUCAAAUUCUCAAUGUGGUCACAAGACAUGACAAUAAAGACAAGAAGGAAAUGGGUACUAUUUCCCAGACUUACCCGCAUCUGAUUCUUAACAACUUCUCUACCAAGAUUGGUCAAAGGACUGCAAACAUAUUAAAGCAUCUCUUUCCAGUACCAAAGCCUGAUUCAAAACGCAUCAUCACUUUUGCUAAUCAAUCGGAUUAUGUUUCUUUCAGGCAUCAUGUCUAUAGACAAAGUGGAGGCUCUAAAUCAAUUGAUCUAAAGGAGGUUGGUCCCCGGUUUGAAUUACGUUUGUAUCAGAUUAAAAGUGGGGCAGUUAUGCAAGAAGACGUAGCACCCGUAGAAUGGGUAUUAAAACCAUUCAUGAACACGUCCAAGAAGCAAAAAGUAUUAGGCGAAUGAAUGAACAUGGAAUCCUUCCCCCAACCUUGACGGGUAUUUUUCUCAUGCUUAGUUGAUAGACAAUAUUCUGAGCAGUCACAGUUAUGUUUUCAAUUGUCGAUGCCUUGUAUUUUGCCCCAAUAUAUUGUAUCAAAAUGUUAGAUCUUCAAUCCGACUUAUUUCUGUAAACCAUUUCUUUAGUGGUCAAUUGCUUUCGGGUA